ACGACAUCAUCAAGAUCCUAUCAAUUCGAGCGAGACACGAAUUAACUUGCGAAUAAUCGUGGCCACUGUUUACCAUUUCACUCCCACAACUUGCACUGAUUAUAUGCAUUAUUCGACUUAAUCCGCGCCCAUGGCGAUAAUCAUCCCGCAGACAUCACUACCCAGCAUCAUCGAGAAAAACCCGCAUCUGCGCACCGCGAUAUAGCCUCACCAACCGGCAUUGAUUAGCCGAAACGAUGGCCUUGUGGCCUUUUCGCCGCAAGGGUUCGCGCAGGCGAUCUCGAACUCCCGCCGUCGAUGACUCUGGUACGGACACCCAGGGGCGAGGCCGUUCAUACCAACCUCCUUCCCGGAGCCAGACCGAACCUGCUGCUGCCACACCCAUUCCUAGGCCCUUAAAGGAAAAACGAGAUGGCCCAAAUAAAUUGCAACGGCGUCCCCGUACUUACAGCUUUUCGCCGGGACGCCAGGACUCCUUGCGUGUUGCCAAAGGCAAGAAGGGCCCAGUUGCCUCAAUGCCUCCUGGUUCGGUUGAGGCCUAUAGAAACCAGGGAGUUCCGUUAGGAUCCAGUGAUAAUUUCGUGACUAGGGUACCAACCUUGCAUCACGAAAAUUCUAGAAAUAAGCGGAGAGGACAACCACUACCGCGAAAAAAAUCCAGCAAACGACGAAAGGAGGAUCAUGACCGGGAGGCCGAGAUCAAGGCCAUGAGUCAGUUCAUGCCAGUCCGUCCUGCUACCGAUAUCUGGACAACCGGCCGUCCUAUGAAGAAGGACAGCAAGCGAAUCCGUACGGGUCUGGCUGGAAGUUGGGACGAACCCUCUUCUGACGUUUCGUUACCCCUACCCGGGUCCAUUCGUUCAGGCAUGUCGUCGGAUUCAGAGCAACUGUCUUGGAAGGUUUCUGCGCUAGACGCACUUGCUCCGCGGCCUACCUUACGAUUUGCCACGAGCCCUGUUUAUGGGCCGGGAGUCAGCCCUGGUUUAACAAGAUCCCAGUCGACUAAACGAAAGCUAGCUGACAGAGGCUCAAUUCCCGAAGCUACACUGAGAGCUCACAAGAGAAUUGAUGAGUUAGCGGACGACUUAGGUGCGUCCGAUUUAAGGGAAUUGAUGGAAAGAGAUCAGCGGAGACGGGAAAGAAAGAGAGAGAGAGAGCGUGAGAAGGUGGAGAGGCGCCUCACCAGGCAAGCUGAGAAGCAACGAGCAGAAGAAGCUGAGGCUAUCAAAAGUGGUACCCCGCCACCUCAAAAUCUAGAGAGGGGAGUUUUAGGUCGUGAAAUGGUGAACGAAGCGAACGAUCCAGCCUCAGUGGUUAUUACUUCUUCAAGGAGAAGGAGUUCAAAUGACUCGGCUCGGAGACAAAGAGGGUCACAAGCGGAACUAGAAAACCGCGACGAUUCUCCGAAACCCCUGGAAGAAUUUCAUCGUACAGACAGCAUUCCACUCGAGCCAUCCACGCCGGCUAAAGCCCCUGAACACGUAGCGGAACCGGCUCAAGAAAAGACACCAUCGCGCUCCUCAAGCACGAGGAUUCUAAGUUUCAUGCGUCCAGGGCAGUCGCGCUCGAAGUCACCGAAGGAGCCCAGUCAUGCGAGAGUUUACCUUGAUUCACCUUCGCCGGCAUUUACUAAGCCAGAGUACGCAGAAUCCGGUGGCAGGACGUCAGACAGUGGAUCCUCAAGGCCCUGGAGAUCUUUCUUCAGAUGGGGUAAGAAUAGACGUAGUUCUGGCCCGUCGUCUUUCUCGAAUACUUCUCGAGACUCGAUGCUGGCUGGUCCGCCGCCCGCCCACGCGAACUACGUCCCGCGAAAAAUAAGCUCUGGCGUGCCCAAAAGAACUAUGUCUCGCUUCCGGGAAGACCUCCCUGAACUACCGCUCUCCCCGCCCGAUUCUCGUGUAGCAUCCCCUGAAGCUGAUUCCUUGCCCGUGGAACCUCUACCGGUUAUUCCUGAUGAUGAUGUCCAGAUGCGUUACGAUACCCCAACUUCGGGUCACCGCUCGCAUGAAGCGAUGCGGGCUACUCCUAUUUCAUGGCACCGAGACGAGGUGCAGCCUUCGCCGGCGCCGCAGUCCAUGUCCCUCGCCUCUAUCGAUUCGGAAGCAUCUUGGCUCUCUGGUCGCAUAAGUAGGAAGCGAGCUUCAAUACGAAAUUCUCUUCAACAAUACGCCCAACCGGCCUUCCCUCGAGAGUCCGAAGACCAUGCUUCUGACAAUGACAACAUUGCCGAAGAUGAAUAUAUGAAUAGCGUCGUUCCUACUCACUCACACCCGAAGUCCACCGGUGAGGCCCGGCCGAGCAGUGACGAGGAAGAAGAGGAGCAUGAUGAUGAACAUGAAGCUAAGUGGGGCAACGUAGGCCAUACCCCUACUGUCAUGCAUCACAGAGACACUAUGCGUAGUCGAGAGGGCGUCCUCCAGUCUUUUGAUGACGAGAAAUAUUUCGAGAAAUAUAGCGACGACGAAGAAGAGGAUGGCCACAGUCCGGUCCAACCGCAGAGGGCUACUAGUAUCAGCCUCGACAAGAGCCAUGUUCGAAACUUCAGUGCUGGUAGUGCUAAGUUGCUUGAAAUCUCGCCUCGUGCAUCUGGGGAGAAUAGGAGGAGUAUGAUGGACCGCGGCACAUGAUGAUUAUGUGCGACGAAUGAGACCUGUUGGUCUAUAUAAUGCCUGGUGCGGAAAGCUUUCCGCACCGGAUGGGUAUGUGAUUUGAACCAGGAGACAUAAACUCACAUUCCUUUUAUUUUCCUUCAUUAUUUGAACACGCCAAUAGGUCAUCCUGGCCUGACGGUAUACCUUCCUUUGAUAUUUCCUUCUUUUCUCAC